UUUUUUUUUUCUGAAGCUUUCUAUUUUUCGCUCUUCCUUCUUUUUCAUCAAUCCCAUUCAAAAUCUCUGUGUUGGUGUGUUUUUACCAUUUUGCCCCUACUCCGCAACCUACCCUCUUCACCCCUAGAUCCAUCAGAUACUAAUUUAGGGUUUUUAUACAUAUUUACCAAACUCCUCCUUGACCAAAAAAUUUGCUUUCUUUUCUCUCGCUGAUCGAAUUUGCUCACCAACCUCUCCUUUUGGCAAAACCCUAGAUCCUCGAUCGAUCCCAGUUACUAUCGAAUUCAAUUUUCACAAUUUUGAGUACCGUUGACUCAAUUUUCAAGGAUUUGGAGGAGACAGAUUUAAAAAGGGGUUGGGUUUUGUUUUUGGUUUGACUAUCUCUGUCUGACGUGGCGGUUUCUGAUUGGCUGUUGGACAUGUUGGGUACCGGGUUGCAGUUCGGGCGGGCCCGCGGGGAGGACCGGUUUUACAAUCCGGCGAAAGCGCGUAAGGCCCACCAGAACCUGAACCGGCAGAGCGAGCAGCUCCGUAGAGCCCAGAGUGACGUCACGGCCAGCCAUUCCCAUUCCGUUCGCGAAAAGUCGUUGCUGAGCCGUGAACCGGAGAACCGGACCGGGUCAAAUGAACCGUCCGAGCCGCCGCCGAGCAAUCUGGAACGGUUCUUGAAGUCGAUCACGCCCUCCGUUCCAGCUCAGUAUCCCUCGAAGAUGAGGAGAGGCUUUAGGCCUUGUGAUGAAGAGUGUCAGCCGUAUUUCGAGCUGGGUGAUUUAUGGGAGUCAUUUAAGGAGUGGAGUGCAUAUGGUGUCGGAGUGCCGCUAAUAUUGAAUGAUAGUGACUCCGUUGUGCAAUAUUAUGUUCCGUAUUUGUCCGGUAUACAGAUAUAUGGGGAGCCCACGAAUUCAUCUACAAAGUUGAGGCGACGAGGUGAGGAUAGUGAUAACGAGUUCAGGGAUUCAAGUAGUGAUGGUAGCAGUGAUUGUGAACUUGAAAGAGGAUUGAAAUACACUAGGGAGCAACGGAAUCAUCAUCAUCUAUCAAGUGAGAUUCCUCUUAGGAUUGAUAGACUAUCUUUGAGAGACCAGCAUGUUGCACUUAAUGAAGACUUUUCUAGUGAUGAGGGUGAAUUUGUGAAUUCUCAAGGUCGCUUGCUUUUUGAGUAUCUCGAGCGGGACUUGCCUUAUAGCCGUGAACCCUUGGCUGACAAGAUAGCAGAUCUUGCCUGCCGCUUCCCUGAGUUGAAGACUCUUAGAAGUUGUGACCUUCUAUCUUCCAGCUGGAUUUCUGUGGCAUGGUAUCCAAUUUACAGAAUACCCACAGGACCAACAUUAAAGGAUCUUGAUGCUUGCUUUCUAACUUAUCAUUUUCUUUAUACACCUGUGGGAGGUUCAAAAGGUGCACAGGCUCCAAUGGUGAGAUCCAGCGAGAUAGAUGGUGUCCGUAAGAUGUCGUUACCAGUUUUUGGUUUGGCCUCAUACAAGUUCAAAGGGUCCCUGUGGACGCCUAGUGGGGGAUCUGAGCGCCAAUUGGCAAAUUCCCUUCUGCAGGAAGCUGAUAACUGGUUAAGACUGGUUCAGGUCAAUCAUCCAGAUUUCCUGUUUUUUAGCCGGUGGUAGUAGUAAGUUAUGACUAUAACUGUUACCCUCCCACUGUUCUAGAAGAAGACUAAUAUAUUCUCAGUACAUGCAUGGGCCAUCUCCCCUUUUUGUGGAAAUCUAGAUUGCAAGUUCAGUUAGUUAUGCUUUGGUUUGGUUUCCUGUCAUUUACUUCUUUUUUUUUUAAAAAGAGGCAAAAAUAUUAUAGAGAGCAUAAGAACAGUAAUGCUGCUGAAUGUGAGGAGCACCUGUAAUAAUUCUCCACCAGACGCUAUGAAGUAAAUAUGGAGUUAGAGAAGUUGCAGAAGGGCUAGCUUAAAUCAAGUGAUGAUCGGUUUGCUAUGAGUGUGAACAAGUCCCAUCUUGCUUGUUCAGUUGUUCUUUUUUAUGUUAUUCCAGCUAAGGGUAAAUUAUGAGAUUUCAGGCUUUUUUUUCGUCCUGAUGAUUAGUACUAGGAUUUAGAUUUAUUUAUAAGGGAAUUUUGAUAGGUUGUGUAAGUGUCAUGCUCAAGCUGCCCCAGAUGUGUACCGGUGUAUGUGAAUGCUAACCACUAUCAACUUUAACUGCAUCUACUGAAGAACUGUGUUAUAGCUUUGAUAUUAAUGAACUGAUUAUGUUUGCAGAAUUGCUA